AUGGGGCAACUAAAUCAGACGAUGGUGACAUUCUUCAUUAUUAAAGGAAUCUCGGAUGUUCCUGAGUUCCAAGUUCCAACCUUCCUUCUGGUCCUCUUUAUUUAUCUCAUGACUCUUGGAGGAAACAUGGCCAUUCUUCUUCUGGUCUGCUUGGACCAUCAUCUUCAUACCCCUAUGUACUUCUUUCUGGCCAACUUGUCCAUCGUUGACAUGUGUUCUGCUACAGUCACGCUACAUACCAUGCUUUUAAUAGGAAUGACUGGAAACAGAGUCAUCUCCUAUGUACGUUGCAUGUCUCAGAUAUAUUUUAUUGGAUGUUUUAUCAGUGAAGAACUGUUGUUCUUAACUGUCAUGAGUUAUGACCGAUAUGUGGCCGUCUGUAACCCACUGAGGUAUAGGACGAUCAUAAACCAAAGAGUUUGUGCUUUGUUGGCCUCUGUAUGUUGGGUACUUAGUUUUUUAGAGAUAAUACCUUAUAUUGUUUUGGUCACAGGGUUUUCAUGUUACAACUCUAAUGUAGUCAACCAUUUCUUCUGUGAUCUAGUGGCUGUGACAAAACUCUCCUGCAGUGAUACAUCGGUGUUGGAGACCUUGUUCAUUGUGGAGGGAGCCGUUCUGUUAACUCUCGGCCCAUUUCUUUUAACAGUCAUUUCAUAUAUAUUCAUUAUAUCCACCAUACUAAGGAUCCGAACCAGUAAUGGGAGACGGAAAGCCUUCUACACAUGUUCCUCACAUCUCACUGUGGUCUUGGUGCUAUACACUACUCUAAUCUAUCAAUAUCUGAGGCCCAUAUCUCCCGAGAGCUUGGAGUACAAUAAGUUGAUUUCUCUGUUUAACUCAGGUGCUGUCCCAGUACUAAACCCUCUCAUAUACAGCUUGAAGAAUAAAGAUGUCAAAGCAGCUUUCUGGAGAAAAGUUGCUUUUCAUCAGAUAGUUAAAGUCUAA